AUGGAGGACCGGGUGCAGCAUGUUUUCUGAGCUCCGUCUGCUUGUCCCACUUUUACAAAUACUUUACCUUCCAACUCAAUUCUAUGUGAUCGUAUGAAUCUCUAAUACACCAUACCGACGCUUUAACCAUAAAGUGCUCCGGAAACUGCAGCAUGACGACGGAAAAGAAGCUCUCUUCAGCCCGCAGUAGCUCGGAGAUUGACGAUCACGAUGAUGUUAAGAUGGAGGUCUCUACCGAGAGCUACAGAAGAAAAGACCCUUUCUCAGCAGCGAAGAACCCACCAGCAACUAAAAAGAAGGACACUGGCUCAGAGGAAGAUGUCCAGCAGCUGUUAGUGAGUAAAGAAGAGCUUCCACCUGAGCAGCAGGAGUGGAGCCACAUUCUGGACCAGGAGGACACUAAGCCCCAACACAUUAAAGAAGAACAUGAGGAACUGUGGAGCAGUCAGGAGGAAGAACAGCUUCAAGGACUGGAGGAGGCUGAUACCACCAAGUUCCCCUUCACUCCUGUCUCUGUGAAGAGUGAAGAUGAUGAAGAGAAACCUCAGUCCUCACAGCUUCAUCAGAGACAAACUAAAGAGAUGGAAACAGGAGUUGAUGGAGAGGACUGUGGAGGAGCAGAACCAGAGAGGUACUCAGAUCCAGAGAGAUGUUUACAACCAGAGAUUGAGGUCAAGAUUGAAGACUCUGAUGAACCUGAUACUGAUGACAGUGAUGAUUGGCAAGAGACAAGAGAAGAUCUGUCAGAAUUAAACUUGAAAAAUAAGAAACUGAAGAAUGGUAAGAGACCACAUAGGUGCUCUGAGUGCGGUAAAAGAUUUAACCAAAAAGAGCAUCUGACCACACACAUGAUGAUUCAUACAGAAGAGAAACCCUUCAGCUGCUCUGAGUGUGAGAAAAGAUUCAGCCAAAAAGGGUCUCUGACCAGACACAUGUUAGGUCACACUGGAGAGAAACCCUACACCUGCUCUGAGUGUGGUAAAAGUUUAAGCCAAAGAGGAAGUCUGGCUACACACAUGUUAGUUCACACUGGAGAGAAACCAUUUAGUUGCUCUCAAUGUGGAAAACUAUUUAGAGAAAAGGGGACUUUGAAGAGACACAAAAAAGUUCACACUGGGGAGAAAGCCUUCAGCUGCUCUCAGUGUGAGAAAAGAUUUCACCGAGAAGUGCAUCUGACCACACACAUGUUAGUUCAUACAGGAGAGAAACCCUUCAGUUGCUCUGUUUGCAGUAAAGGUUUUACCCUAAGAAGAAGUCUGACCACACACAUGCUACUUCACACAGAUGAGAAACCCUUCAGUUGCUCUGUUUGCAGUAAAGCAUUUCAACAAAAAGGAGCCCUUACCCAACACAUGUUUGUUCACACAGGAGAGAAACCCUUCAACUGCUCAGAGUGUGGUAAAAGGUUUAGUUCUAAGGGAAAACUGACCAAACACUUGAUAAUUCACACUGGAGAAAAACCAUUCAGCUGCUCUUUUUGCAGUAAAAGUUUUAACCAAAGAGAAAGUCUGGCCACACACAUGUUAGUUCACACAGGAGAGAAACCCUUCAGCUGCUCUGGGUGUGGUAAAAGGUUUAGUUCUAAGGGAGAACUGACCAAACACAUGAUGAUUCACACUGGAGAGAAACCCUUCAGCUGCUCCGUUUGCAGUAAAAGUUUUACCCGAAGAGGAACUCUGGCCACACACAUGUCUGUUCACACUGGAGAGAAACCCUUCAGUUGCUCUAUUUGUAGUAAAAGUUGUACCCAGAGAGGAAGUCUGACCAGACACAUGUUAGUUCAUACAGGAGAGAAAGCCUUCAACUGCUCUGGGUGUGAUACAAGUUUUAGUUCUAAGGGAGAACUGAAAAAACACAUGAUGAUUCACACUGGAGAGAAACCCUUCAGCUGCUCUGAAUGUGGAAAACGAUUUAGAAAAAAGGGGACUCUGAAGAUACACAAUAAAGUUCACACUGGGGAGAAAGACUUCAGCUGCUCUCAGUGUGAAAAAAUAUUUACCCAUAAGACUAGUUUGACAUAUCACAUGGCAAAUCACAGAGGGGAUAAACCCUUCAGCUGCACUGAGUGCAGUAAAAGAUUUACCCGAAAACAGUAUCUGACCUCACACGUUAGUUCACACAGGUGAGAAACCCUUCAGCUGCUCUGAGUGUGGCAAAAGGCUUCGUUCUAAGGGAAAUCUGAACAGACAUAUGUUGAUGCACACUGGAGAGA